CGCAGAAGGAGGAGGAAGAGGCGGCGGCGCCGGAAGUGGCCCGUGGGAGCUCGGCUUCCGCUUCCGGCCUGGGCUCUUCCUCUCUCUCUUUCCGUUCGGCGAGGCAGGAGGUGACGCUCAACUGCCAGGAUGCAGAUUUUUGUGAAGACCCUGACGGGCAAGACCAUCACCCUUGAAGUGGAGCCCAGUGACACUAUCGAGAAUGUCAAGGCGAAAAUCCAGGAUAAGGAAGGUAUCCCUCCCGAUCAGCAGCGUCUGAUCUUCGCGGGGAAGCAGCUGGAAGACGGCCGCACGCUCUCCGACUACAACAUCCAGAAAGAGUCCACUCUCCACCUGGUUCUUCGUCUCCGCGGUGGGAUCAUCGAGCCCUCUCUUCGCCAGCUGGCCCAGAAAUACAACUGCGACAAGAUGAUUUGCCGCAAGUGUUACGCCCGCCUGCACCCCCGGGCCGUCAACUGCCGCAAGAAAAAGUGCGGGCACACCAACAACCUGCGCCCCAAGAAGAAGGUCAAGUAAACAGAGU